AUGCCUCCAGGUCCGCCCGCGCAUCUGCGCCUCUCUGCACUACAGGGAGGCGCAUCCAUCUUUCCGCCCGUCCUGCCCGAAAUGACGCCUGAAUCUCUCGCUGCAGCCGCCAACCAGUACAAGCAGCCCGCACCUCCCCCGACUCUCCCCCUCCUCCAACUCCCCGGACGACAUCAGGAACCCUUCCGUCCCGCAUCGACCGUGCAUGUCGUAGACGACACCGAGUACUCGGACACGGACGGCAGUGUCGACGAGGACACGAACGCGGUUGCUGGCCCGAGUUGCCCUUUGCACCGGCGUUGGCCAGCUCGUGGCGAGCAUGUCUCAGCCUCUAGCGAAGGGGCCCGUACAAAGCGGAUGAGCGAGCCAGAACUAGCGCGCGUCGUUGACGACGUCGGCGUCCUCGUGCGCAGAGAGUACGACUGCUGGGUCGAGGCAUGUUGGAACGAGGCGUUCCAUCACGUCUUCACACACUCGAUCCCGGCCUUUAUCAUCUCGCUGAUCCUCGCCGGCGCAAACCCACAGGGCAUGCGCAGACAGAUUGUACAUGGCGGUGCGCAGCUCGACAAGCUGUUCAUGACCGAGAUGCUGCGCAACCUCCAUUUUGAGAUGGAGCGGCGCCUGACAGGACGGCUUGUUCCAGAAGGGCGGGGCGAAGGUGGUGGGGCGUUGCAGUCCGCUGCAGCAGCCAUUGGGGCAGGAGGACUAGGCGCGCAACCACCACCAGGAGCGACACCAGGUUUACCACGUGACGGCGUGUGUACGCACGACCUGGGACUGGCCCACGGUGCGCCGCCGGACGAUGACGACCACGCCGCCUGUUUGUGCCAAUUGGUCGCGUGUCCGGUGUGUCUACACGCGGCCGUGCGGCAACGAAAAGCGCCAGUGGGGUUGCUACCCGCGAACCUGGCGAACACUCACAUUGCAGAGGGAUGGGCUGGUGGUAUCGAGUCGCCCGAACAAGAACGAGCGCGGCGCGCAGACACGGACCUAACGCUCGACAUUGGCAUCGACGAGGAUGAGCGGCCUGCCAACAUCUCAAUGGGCGGAAAGGGGUUCGUGCAUAUACCGAAGAAGCCAACUCCGCCCGAGAUGCGGCGUCCCCAAGUCUUCCCUCAUCCACAAAUGACCGACGUCCUCGCCGUCGAGGAGCAUCUCAGGUGGCGACUGAAGGAGCUGGGUGCCGACGACCCGAGCGUCAUCUCCCGCUAUGGGCCGAGCACGAACGCGCCUGCCGCGCUCGAGGGACUGGAGGUCGCGCUCAGGCUCGACGAGGACGACGACGCGUCCGAGACGUCGAGCGUCAACAUCCCGAACGGCAAGAACGGGCGUAGAGUCGCGACGGGACGCGCAAAAGGCCGCAACAAGACAGUCAAGUUACCCCCCAAGGCGCUCAAGAAACCCGAGCGCAAGGUCUACCUCCCGGAAGAGUGGGCCAAGGCCGAGUCGGGGGUACGCAACACGGCGAUUGUCCUGACGUUUCGCCAUUUUGUCAAGCUUCUACACAAGGUCGCCGUGUCCAACUCGCCGUUCCAGUAUGCGGGAUACGAGAAGGACAUUGAGGCGCUCGAGGCCGGGCACCCAGUCGCGAUGUACCGGUGGCUCACGGAGCAGACUGCACGGCGGCGUGGCGGGCGCGAGGGCAAGGCGUGGACCGAGUGCAUGGACCGGUGGACUGAGGAGUUCGGGGCGCAGGACAAGACUGCCGGCAACGUGUUCGUCAAGGACGAGGCGUUUGAGGAGGCUGUGCGGUACUAUACGCGCGCGAUCAGCUUGGAUGGCAAGAAGACGGUAUAUUAUACGAACCGCGCGCUCGCGCUCAACAAGAUUGGGCGGUAUUCCGAGGCCGAGGCCGAUUGCACGCACAUCCUUAACAAGGACGGCAAGAACGCCAAGGCCAUAUACCAGCGUGCGGCGGCGCGCGCCGGCCUCCAGCUGUGGCGCGACGCCGAGGCGGACCUCAAGCUUGUGCUUCGGCUGAACCCCGCUAACGACUCGGCCAAGAACCUCCUCGCUACGGUCAAGCCCGAGGUUGCCAAGUUGCCCAAGCAGAAGCACGAGGACGCGCUCAACUUUUGA